AUGGCUGAGCUUCUCUAUAACUAUGGAGUCAUGUUGAUACUUUUGGAUAGGCUUAUCCCAUCAUACUCGAGAGAGAGGAUCCUAGUCAGCUAUUAUAGAUACAAAGGACAAUCAUCCAUAGAAAACAUUAAAGAAAUUUUUAAACUCUGUGGAGGUACAGGAUACUCCCCUGGUUCUUCAUUUCCUAAAGGGUAUCCCAUCAAGUAUUUUGAUAGGUUCUGCUUUGACAAGUCUCCUUAUAAAGAAUGUGUAGAAAACAUUGUCGAGCAAAUAAAAAGUGAUGAUAUUUACCAAAUGCUGAACUCAUAUUCUUCAGUACAUCACAAAUCUACAGCUUUAGCUCAACAAGGAGCCAUGAUUUUUGUCUGCUCAUUCUUCCUGCCCAAAUUUUUAGAGGAUGAAGAGACAAAGAUGAGAGAAAUAGUUGAUAAACACUUCUAUGAUAACUGGGUCAUCCCUGUAUAUCAAGGAUAUCUAGCGGACAUUACUCAGUACUGGGCACUUUACCAUCAAGAUAAAGUCAAAACUCUUCGGAAAGACCUCAGACUUUACCUAAAGCAAGGCAAAUUAUUAGAUGAGUACGUUCUUGACAAUGUUCAGCCCCUCUUGCAAUGCCUAAGAGAGUGCAACAUCACUAUUAGAUGGCUUUUAUUACACAGGAAUUGAAGGAGUAAAUCUCUCAGAGAUAUCAUAUUACCCAAUCACGAGACUGACGAUAUUAUUGAGCUCCUUCUAGCUACUUCAAAGUUUGAAAAAGAGCUGAAAGAUCUAUUUGAGAAUUUGGUCAAAACAAAAAGUGAGGUAUGGGACAAAGAUAAAGGAGAGUGCGUGUUUUACAUGCAUGAAAUUGCCGAAUACUUUCUGGGAAACAGACAUAUGGGUAAACAAUAUGUUGAUGAAAACUACUCCAACUGGUUCAAACAUAUUGGGGAGAGAAUAGAAAAUCUCUCUUAUAAACAUUCGACUGUUGCAGGAAGAACUAUCAAAUCUAUCGUUCAGGUCCUAGAUGAUAUUGAGAUUUAUGAGCCUAUUGAAACUAACGUUCAGAUUAAGCACUUUAUACAAGAGACUAAGAAAGGCCUACUCCACAUGGUUCGUAGCGUGAAUGUGAAAAGAUCGUAUCUAGUAAAUAUUUCCCAUAUAAGUGAUUUCUCAUAUGCAUGGAACGUAAUUGAUGAUUAUAUGCCGCAAAUCCAAGAGAGAAUCAAAGAAAAGCCUCGUACUGUUCUUCUCAUUAGAAAUUUAUUCAAGAAACUUUGCAUCUAUUAUGAAUCUCCCUCUUGGAAAAAUGAUGGAGGCUAACAGUGAUGAUAUCGAAAACAUUGCUAUGUACUACUCCUCAGAGCUAGUGAAGUAUGUCAAAAGAGUACUUCAAGUAAUCCCAACUUCAAUAUUCGAAAACCUUGAAGAGAUCUCUAACUUACUAAUUUCGAAGAUACCAGAGCUCCCUGUAAAAAUGUCAAAGGAUGAACUGAAGAAUUACACUGCAUUUGAAGACAGAUACCAACUA